AUGGCAAAGCAGAGGCAACACGCCCUGCAGGAAGCGUACCCAGCCCCAGCCACUGAUGCCUCCCAGGGCCCCCUCCCCCUGGAUAAACCAGAUCAGUUGCCCCCCACCUUCCUCCAGGGUAGAAACAGGGAGUCUGCUGCCUGGAAUGUUCAGGGCCAAGCGCCAAGCCUCCCGGCCCCCAGCGUAGAGCCCCAGCCCCUGGCAUGGCCACACCAUGACACAGGAGCGACUCAGGAGUCCCCGAGAGUUUCGAGGGGUAACCUGGGAAACCCAUGGAGCAGUGAGAGUGGGUUGCUGAGCCUGCGACAGUCCAGCCAGGGGAAAUGCAAGGAAAGUGACACCAGCCUGUUGAGCAGCGGGUACGCAGGCGAUGAGGAGAACAGUGAGGUCAGCCUGGUGGGCAACACUCCAAUCUUAAGGUUGCCGAGAAGGCUCCACACCCAGGCAGGCAGCGCCCCAAGCAGCCAGCUGUGUACCAUCUACUCGCCCAGCCAAAUCAGAAGGCGGGCGGCUGGCCAAGCCCAUGGCAGCAGGCAGGCUGGAGGGGAAAAGCGAGGCCAGCCUGCCCAGCAGCGGCCUCAGCAGCAGGGCCAGCAGCCUGACCAGCAUGAGCUUCAUCAGCCUGGGCAGCAGUGCCCUGAACUAUCAGGUGAGUAGCGGACUGCUCAGCUCCGCCCACAGCCUUCCCACCAGCAAGGCCAGCAGCUGCCAGGACAUCCCAGUGGACAGCAAUGUGCAAAGUGGGGUGAAAAGUAACACCAGUCUUCAGGAGGACAAGUCUGGGGGCAAGGCCAAAGCCGGCGACCAGGCCGCCAAGGAGGAGCAGCCCGCCCAGAUGUGCAUGCCUUUAUGAGCCGGGUUGCUGGCCACCAGGUUCUUGAAAAAUACAGACAUGACGGCCCAGCAAACCCAGACUUCACCCAGAGUGGUUAUUGCCAGAGCAAAUACCUUUAAAAAAGUAUACACUGACUGUGUCGGAACCUUGGAUAGCCCCAUUUGUAGCAACAACCAUCAGCAGCAGGGUCGUGUGUAGCGAGAACUAUGGAUGAUGAGCACCAUCUACACUCAGCAAUCAGCAAUCAACAGUGAGACCAUCUCUAUUGAGAACCACUGUUGAGAGGAAUGGCUGUAUGAAGAGUCGUCAGUGCUGGGUUCACCUGCAUCCACCUCCACUAGCCAAACCACUUAUGAGCCCCAGUGAUGAGCCAGCCCUAACAGGAUCCAUCACUGGCAAAACCAUCUGUAUUGAGAACCAUCAUGGUGGGAUCACCAGUGCCAAAACCCAUCAGUGGGGACAGUUGUGAUCAGCAGCAAAUACCAACUCUAUUUAGAACCAUCUGAAGUUAGAACCUCCCAUGGAGAAACCAUGCUAAGUGAUGAACACCAUCUAUAACCAACACCAGUCAUGAUAAGCUCAGAAGAAGCAAGCGCCAGUCUCGGCUGGGACUGUCCACAAGAGCCAGCUGAAGGAAACACCAUCGUGGGGCACCACAGCCCUGGAGGAGCUGGAUCCCUACCAAGCUCUGUAAGAUGAGCUGCCCACAAGAGCCAGCAGCAUCCAGAGAGGAUGCUCACGAUGGCUGUGUUCAGGGAGCCCCAUCCCUGAAGAGCAUCCUCCAAGUGAGCUUCUCCCUUUAAUUUUGAGCACUGUUGCCAGGUAGCUUCAGCCCAGAAUCUUCCCAGGAGCAAACGUUCCCCGAUGCCCCAUCUCUGUCUCUACGUGCAUCUCAGAGGAGGUAGAGGCAAGGAGGACAGAAAUCACCUUUGUUGAGAUGGUAGGGACAGUGCUUCCUAUGGCAGCACAAUGCCCUGAUCAAUGCGUAAUGGUGACAGAAACCAAACCAGCCCAGAAGGGCUGGGAUGAGACAGCUCUGUGCCAUUUAGCGAACAUCUCCUAGGUGGGUGGGAAGGCUGAGACCUCCAUCUGCCCCUUCUCAGGACAAUAAAGCCCUUCCCUGGGGGCUGACCAUGCAGACCCUGGGGAGGAGGUGUGUCCACUGAGGGGCGGAGGUUAGAACAGUCACGAAGACAUCCACUAGGUUCAAGAAGGAAAGCGGAGGGGGCACCAAAGACAAUAAAAGGUGUCUGGAGAGGC